ACCCCCCACCGGGUGCCCAGCCCCUCUCUCCCACCGGCAGCACCCUGGUGUGUCCCUGCUGCUUUGCCUCCCUCAUGCAGCAGUGGCAAAGCUUCGAGCUGGCCAACGUGCCCGUGCUGCAGCGGCUCUACGUGGUGCCCCUGAGCGCCGGGGCCAUGCCUGCCAAGGGCCAGCGAGGGAUGAAGGAGGACGGGACGGGCAUCCCACCGGUGCCUGAGGCUUGCUACCUGUGCGGGGAGGAGUGCGGCAAGGAGGCGAGGCCGGUGGCUGCCAAAAUCACCAAUGGCAAUGCCAAGAGCACCAUGCAUUUCCCCUUCCUCAGCCUCCUGCCCUGCCCGCCCGGUGCCAAGGGGCUGAACAAGCACUGGGAGGUCAGCAGCUGCCGCAAGUGUUUCGGGGUGCUGCAGGACCUGUGGGCCAUGUACAGGGCCUGUCACAAUGAGGAGCUCAUCUCCUCGGUGCAGAGCUUCCUGGGGAGGUACCACCAGGUCUUCUCUGCUGGUGACCUGACUGGCCACCCUGCUGUCAUCAAGCCUGGUCCCACCUCCAUCUGCUACAUCUGUGGGGCUGAGCUGGGAGCUGGCAAAGAGUUCCAGCUCAAUGUCAACCCUCCGGGACGAUUUGGGGAGAAGGAACCCUUUUUCCCCUUCUUGACAGUCUACCCACCCGCCCCACGGGCCAGACCGGCCGACUCGACGGGACUGGUGGCCACUUGCGUCCUGUGCUACCACGACCUGCUGGGACAGUGGCUGCAGCACGAGGGCAGGAACUCCCACCACCCCAGCAGCGCCUGGUCCCGGCAGUACAAAGUGGAGACCUUCGUCUGCUUCUUCUGCCGGCAGGAGAAGAAGAGAUGCCUUGGAUUAAAAGCGGUUCAAGUGGCCAGACUUCCCGUCUUCCUCUACACCCUCCGCGUGGCCAACAGCCUGCUGGUGGAUGAUGGGAAGCAGCUGACCAUCGGCGCUUGUGCCGAGUGCGGUGCUGUGGUCCUGGCUGGCAGGAGCAUGACCCCGCCAGAGCUGCUGGCAGUGGCACCCCCAGCUCUCCUCCCCAAGGCGUCCUCUUUGUCCCUGGAGACGGUCACCACCAAGCCUCUGGCCGGCGAGCCCCGGGCGGCCGGGGAGAGCCCAGGGACGGGCAGUGCUGCCCCGGACGUCGGCCAGCGGACGGCUUUGGAUGUGGAAGGCGCGGACGCUGGAGCCACAAGCAUGAGCCAUGAGCCGAAGUCGCCGUCCCUAGGAAUGCUCUCCACUGCCACCCGCACCACCGCCACCGUCAGCCCCCUCACCCCAUCCCCCCUCAACGGCUCCAUCGUCCCCAAUGGCAGCCCUGCAGCCAGCAGCACUUUGUCCGUCCAGGCAGCACCUUCCUCCAGCUUCGCCGCCGCUCUCCGCAAGCUCGCCAAGCAAGCCGAGGAGCCCCGAGGGUCCUCACUAAGCAGCGAGUCGUCCCCAGUCUCCUCGCCAGCCACCAACCACAGCUCCCCCGCCAGCACCCCCAAACGUGGCCCCAUGGGCCCCAUCAUCGUGCCCCCGGGGGGGCACAGCGUGCCCAGCACGCCGCCCGUCGUCACCAUCGCCCCAACCAAGACGGUCAACGGGGUCUGGAGGAGCGAGGGCAGACAGGAAGCAGGGUCACGAGGCAGCAGCAGCAGCACUGGCCGCGAGCGCCUCAUCUCGGAGCCCCCACUCACACAGGAGAAAGCAGGGGGUCCCACCGUCCCCUCCCACCUCCUGGGGACACCCUACUCCUUCGGGCUGCCCCCCAGCUCCGUGGUCCAGGACUCCCGCUUCCCACCUCUCAACCUGCAGCGGCCGGUCCACCACGUGGUGCCUCCCAGCGCGGUCACCGAGGAUUACCUGCGGAGCUUCCGUCCCUACCACACGGCCGAGGACCUCCGCAUGUCCUCCCUGCCGCCCCUCGGCCUCGACCCGGCCACCGCCGCCGCCUACUACCACCCCAGCUACCUGACACAUCACCCCUUCCCACAUCCUGCCUUCAGGAUGGACGAGUCUUACUGCCUGUCGGCACUGCGGUCCCCCUUCUACCCGCUGCCAGCGCCGGGCUCGCUGCCACCCCUGCACCCCUCGGCCAUGCACCUGCACCUCUCGGGGGUGCGGUAUCCCCCCGAGCUCUCCCACUCCUCCCUCUCCGCCCUCCAGUCCGAGCGCAUCUCCAGCCUCGCUGCCGAGAGGCUGCAAAUGGAUGAAGAGCUGCGGCAGCGGGAGCGGGAGCGGGAACGGGAGCGGGAGAAGGAGCGGGAGCGAGAAGCCGACCGGGAGCGGGAGAAGGAGCGGGAACGGGAGCGGGAACGUGAGAAGGAGCUGGAACGCGAGCGGGAAAAAGAGCGGGAGCGGGAGCUGGAGAGGCAGCGGGAGCGUGCCCGGGAGAAGGAGCUGAGCAUGGUGAAAGCCAUGGAGGGGCCCUUCCUCCCCGUGGCAGAGCUGCACGGGCUGCGGGGGCACCUGGCUGAGGAGCGGGGCAAACCAGUGGAGCCGCUGGCACCCGGCAGACCAGACAAACUCAAGGACUCGGUACUGCCGACGCCGAAGCCCAUCCAGCACCCCCUGCACCCACCACCGGGCUCCCACCACCCAGUUCCCAGCCUUAUCCCCAACCACAGCGUGUUCCCACUGCCAGGGAGCAGCGCGGCCACGGCACUGCUCAUCCACCGCACCAAUGAGGAGGAGAAGUGGCUGGCCCGGCAGCGCCGGCUGCGCCAGGAGAAGGAGGAUCGGCAGUCCCAAGUCUCGGAGUUCCGGCAACAAGUACUGGAGCAGCACCUGGACAUGGGGCGUGUCCCAAGCCAGCCUGAGCCCGAGCACCGGCCUGAGCAUCCCAGGUCGGGAUCGAGCCGCCACGAGCCAAGCAGCCGGGAGCCAGGGCAGCACUUCGGUGGGCCCCCACCACUCAUCUCCCCCAAACCCCAGCACCACCCUGUCACCACGUCCCUCUGGAACCCUGUCUCGCUGAUGGAGAACCCCCCCGAUCCCCCGCGGCGCCUCCCUGAGCCCCAUGCCCUCCACGGCCACCCAGCCCCCUUCGAGCCCAGCCGUCAGGGCAUCCCGCUGGUGAAGGUGGAGAGGGUCUUCUGCCCCGAGAAGCUGGAGGAGGGGGCAAGGAAGAGGGAUGUUCUGGAGAAAUACCCCCCGGGACGGGAGCCUGGUGCCCCAGAGCACGGGGGCUUCACCCACACCCCCUUCCUAGCUGAGCUGGAAAAGUCCACUCAGAGCAUCUUGAGCCAGCAGAGACCCCCGGCCACCCCCUUCCCUGAGGCCACCAAGCCCAGCUCGCCCUACCGGCCCCCCCAGCCCCGCGCCCAGGACCCCAUGUACAUCUACGACGAGUUCGUGCAGCAGCACCGCAGGCUGGUCAGCAAACUGGACCUGGAGGAGCGCCGGCGGCGGGAGGCCCGGGAGAAAGGGUACUACUAUGACCUGGACGACUCCUGUGAUGACAGCGAUGAGGAGGAGGUGCGGGCCCAUCUCCGCUGCGUGGCCGAGCAGCCCCCGCUGAAGCUGGACACGUCCUCUGAGAAGCUGGAGUUCCUGCAGCUCUUCGGCCUCACCACGCAGCAGCAGAAGGAGGAACUGCUGAGCCAGAAGCGGCGCAAACGCCGGCGGAUGCUGCGGGAGCGGAGCCCUUCGCCGCCCACGGUGCAGAACAAGCGCCGCACACCCUCCCCGCACCUCCCGCUCUCCACCCGCUACAGCCCCGACGAGAUGAACAACAGCCCCAACUUCGAGGAGAAGAAGCGCUUCCUCACCAUCUUCAACCUCACGCACAUCAGCGCCGAGAAGAGGAAAGCUUCCCAUGCCGCAGACAAGGAGAAGCUGGUGGAGAUGCUCCAGGCCAUGAAGCAGAAGACCACGCCGGCUGCCGUGGUGGUGAAGAGCUCCCCGCGGGACAGCCCUAAUGCCCCGACCACUGAGCCACCGGUGCCGCCGCUGCUGCUGGAUCCGGAUAAACCCGUGGGCAUCGCUGUCUCCGUGCCGGAGGUGCCAAAGAUGGGGGAGCCUGGCAGGUUAGACCAGCUGAGACCCCAGGACCUACCGAGGGCCAAGGAGUUGGGCACUGCACUGGCGGAGAAGCCCCGGCUGAGCGAUGGGCACCCCGGGAAGAAGGCACUGAGCAUCCUCAGCUAUGUCAGGGGUCCCCUGCCCAAGGACAUCCCGGUGCCACUGUCUCACAGCAUGAACGGCAAGAGCAAGCCCUGGGAGCCCUUCAUUGCCGAGGAGUUUGCCCAUCAGUUCCACGAGUCAGUGCUGCAGUCCACACAGAAGGCAUUGCAGAAGCACAAAGGGGGGACGGCGGCGCUGACGGCGGAGCAGAACCACAAGCUUGACGCCUCCAUCCACUACAACAUCCCGGAGCUCCAGGCGUCCACCCGCCUGGCCGGGCCCCCCCACAACGGCACGGCCGAGGGGCCUCUGGCCCACCGGGCACUGCCCCUGCUGCCCCGCGACUCGGCCUCUGAGGAAGAGGACGAGGAGGAGGAGGAGGAGGAAGAGGAGGAAGACUACCCCAGGCCCAAGUGGCAAGGGAUCGAGGCAAUUUUUGAAGCUUACCAGGAACAUAUAGAAGAACAAAACCUGGAGCGCCAAGUGCUGCAGACGCAGUGCCGGCGGCUGGAGGCCCAGCACUACAGCCUGAGCCUGACGGCGGAGCAGCUGUCGCACAGCAUGGCGGAGCUGAGGACCCAGAAGCAGAAGAUGGUGUCGGAGCGGGAACGCCUGCAAGCCGAGCUGGAUCACCUGCGGAAGUGCCUUGCCUUGCCUGCAAUGCAGUGGUCUAGGGGUUAUUUCAAGGGGUAUCCCAGGUGACGCUCCUUGGGCCAGGCCGAACAUAUAGUCUAGAAAUAAUAAUCUAUUUUAUUACCUUGAAUAUUUAAUAUUUUUCACUGGGAGGUUUGAAGCUAAAAAAAUAAAAUUGAAAAAAAAAAAAAGAACAUUAAUAAUAAAAAAAAAAAAAAAAAAAAGAAGAAAUAAAUAAAUAAAUAAACGGAGAAUGUGCCAUGCAUGAAGCAAAGGAGCACGGGAGCCGGGGAGCCCAUCCCACGGCCAGCAGCCCCCAGCCUGUCCCCUCCUCCGGGGAGGGCCACGGCGCUGCAGCCCCCCCCCUCACCCACCCACACUUUAUAACGCUCAUUUUUUUGUUGGUUCUUUUGGUUUUUUUCUAAAAAAAAAAAAAGACAAUUAAAGUCUCCACCGACAACACUAAAGCUGGCGGAGCCCCGCGGGGCCGGGUGCUGCCGAGCCCCCUGCUCCCGGCACGGCACCCCCAUCCCGGGGUUUCCACUGGAAAUGCACUUCGCUAUCAAAAAAUAAAGUCAAUAAACUGGUUGAAGGUCCCUUUUUGUUCCUGGUUGGCGGGGAAGGGGCAGGGACACGCGUGGGGUCACCUUGUCACCCUGGCUUUGGGAUUGAACAGUCAAAAAAGAAAAAAAAAGGUGCUUCAGCCUUGUACUGUGUAUAUAUAUUAAAAAACAACAAAGUUUUGUA